CCACCACCACCACCACCACUACAGCCACCACCACCACCACCACCAGCAGCACAAUGCAGCAGCUAAGGAGGAGCUUGAAGAGGUUGUCAGCAUGUGUGGGAGUGGCCUACCUGCUGGUGUUCCUCCUGAGCUUGGCUGUGCUGGUGAAGCAAGAGCGGUUCCUACGUGCUGGGAAUGUGGGUGAGGGAAAUGGCGCGGUGCAAGUGGUCCUUAAGAACAAUGAUGGAGAUUUUGAUGCGUCUCAGAGUAAUGAUUAUGAAGAAGAAGGUGGUUUAGAUCAAUCCCCUGAGGUCUUAAGAUCUUCCUUCCCAGCAGUAUACAAUGUAAGCGACGGAACUCACAACUACAGAAGUAUACGCCGCGGUGAAAGAAAUGAUAGUGUAGAUGAAGCAUUUAUCAAGGCAAGAGAGAAGGUGUACGAAGAGCGGAGGGCGCGCGUCUCCAAGGUGUGCCACGACCUGGCUGGCACUGUGUCGUACGGCUCCGUGGCUGCGGCGCCCCUCACCAGACUCCGCUGGCUCCCCUCCCACAACCUGGUCAUGUGCUUCAACGCCAAGGUGGGGACGACGACGUGGACGAAGUACCUGCUGGAGGCAGGGUUCCCGGGCCUGCUGGAGAAGGCCACCAACUGGCACUACGCCGCCUACACCCACCUCAAGCCCCCACACCCCCGCACCAGCAGUAAGGACACGUUGGCCUUGAUGGAGGAGUUCGGCCCGGUGAUGCUCGUCCGACACCCGUUUGUCCGCCUCGUCUCCGCCUACUUCGACAAGGUCGCCACCGGGUAUCUCAGGCGAAUAUGCAGCCUCGUCAUCAAGAAGUACCGGGCCCACAACUCUGGGCUCCCCGCCGGGAAACCGAGCUUCGAGGAGUUCCUGCGGUUCCUGGUGGAGGUGACGCCAGCCGAGGACGACAUCUGGGCCAAGAGACGCACCAUGACCGACCGCCAUUGGUUCCCUUACUACGCCAACUGCGCGCCCUGCGACAUUCACUACGACGUCAUCGGCACCAUGGAGACAGUGAAGGAUGACACGAGGUACAUCCUACACAAGUACCAGCUGGGGGAUGCGUCUGACGACUGGUGGAUGAACCGCCACACCUCAUCCUCCUCUCUCCACACCGCCAUCCAACUCUUCCAGAGAGUGCCACGGGAGCUGACUCUGGCUCUUUAUGAACGAUAUCGUGUUGACUUCCUCAUGUUUGGCUACGACCUGGCUCCCUACCUGUCCACCACCCCUCCUACAGCACCCACUGCCCCUCGUGACCCCUCCUACAGCACCCACGACCCCUCGUGACCCCUCCUACAGCACCCACUACCCCUCGUGACCCCUCCUACAGCACCCACUACCCCUCGUGACCCCUCCUACAGCACCCACUACCCCUCGUGACCCCUCCUACAGCACCCACUACCCCUCGUGACCUCUCCUACAGCACCCACUACCCCUCGUGACCCCUCCUACAGCACCCACUACCCCUCGUGACCCCCUCCUACAGCACCCACUACCCCUCGUGACCCCUCCUACAGCACCCACUACCCCUCGUGACCCCUCCUACAGCACCCACUACCCCUCGUGACCCCUCCUACAGCACCCACUACCCCUCGUGACCCCCCCUACAGCACCCACGAUCCCUCGUGACCCCUCCUACACCCACGACCCCUCGUGACCCCAUCUGUCGUGUCCCGUCAUAACAGAAGCCAUCUCCACGUUACAUUAUAAUGAAGGCCUCUUCUCUCUCAUCAUAACCGAGGCCUCUUCUCUUAGUUUCAUCAUAACGAAAGCCUUUUCUAGUGUGUUCUAAGAUGCACCAAUGAAUUGUGCAAUUGGCACUACCUUCUCCGAUUGAAAUUCGAAAGCUCUGCUCAGACUCACUGGCCAAAGUAAUCUAUGUUUGUGUCUGCUGUUAUUAUUAUUAUUAUUAUUAUUAUUAUUAUUAUUAUUAUUAUUAUUAUUAUUAUUAUUACAUUUAUAAUGUGCUUAUAACGUAAAUGUGGCAAUCGCCCUUUUAAAGUAGCCCAAAUCAUUGUUUGUACGUAUUUACCCGUUUCGUAUUUUUAAUAAAAUGUUAUUAAAA